AUGAGCGUCCGAAUGCUUAGAGAGGAGGUAAAAACAGAUUUUGGGAUUAACGUGAGUAUGAGUCAGUGUAGGAGAGCUAAGAAGUAUGCAUUGAGUCUAGUUGAAGGGACAAUAACUGAGAAUUAUGCAAAAUUAUGGUCAUAUGGUGAGGAGAUUAGAAGAUCAAAUCCUGGAUCCACAGUUAAAAUUUGUGUUGAUUCAAUGUCUGAUGGUAAGAAUUAUUUCAGCAAAAUAUACAUAUGUUUUGCUUCAGUAAAAAAGGGAUGGAGGGGAGGAUGUAAGAGGAUCAUUAACCUGGAUGGUUGUUUUCGGAAAACUUUUUGUCAAGGGGAGUUGCUUUGUACUGUGGGUAGAGAUGCUAACAAUGAAAUAUUCCCAAUUGCUUUGGCUGUUGUUUCUGUGGAAAACAGAGAGAAUUGGAAAUGGUUCUUAGAAACUCUUUCAGAAGAUUUGCAAUGUUGGAAUGAUGGUAACGGUUUGAUCAACACAAGGUAUGGUUCAAAACUAUUGCAUGUUCUAAAUUUAGUUAUUGCUAUUCGAAUUUCAAACAUUAAUGAGUCUGUAAACGUUGCCACAGGAGUAGGGGAUGAUGAGGUAAUCGUAGAUGCUACUGAUGCUUUGGAUAGGCCUAGAGAUGAAGAGCGAAUGGUGGGAGUCAAUGGAGGGGAAGAAGAGGUGAAUUUCAAUGCUCAAGUUAAGCAUGUUAAACCACCUAUAAUGCGAAAGAAGUCAGAACGAAUCAUUAAAAUAAAGCUUGCAAAAAAUGUGGGAAGUGAAGGUAGCAGUGUUGCAACGGCCAUGGACUUGGAUUAA